GUUAAACUCACACAAUCCACAAGCAACAUCUAGUCACAAUGGCAACGGUACGAAUUCUGGACGGUGGUCUUGGGACCUCUCUCCAAGAUCAAUACGGAGUGAGCUUUGACAGCACUAAUACUCCUCUCUGGUCAACUCACUUGCUCGUCUCCGAUCCCGCAACGCUGCAUGCUUGCCAGAAAGACUUUGGCACGGCGGGGGUAGAUGUGCUUCUCACAGCUACAUACCAAGUUUCCCCUGAGGGAUUUGCUCGCACGAAGACUGCGGAAUACCCCAAUGGCAUUCCCAAAAAUGCCAUCGGACCGUUUCUGCAGACUGCGGUGGACGUCGCAGAGCGAGCCAAGGUCCGCGAUAGAACCCAGAUCGCGCUGAGCCUGGGACCGUGUGGUGCGUGCAUGAUUCCAGGACAGGAGUACAGCGGUGCGUAUGAUGCCGAGCAUGACAGUGAAGAGGCUCUGUAUCAUUGGCAUCUGGAUCGAUUGCGACUUUUCUUGGAGGCCGAGGGGGAUUUGCUGUCGCGUAUGCAAUAUGUUGCAUUCGAGACUUUGCCCCGCCUCGAUGAGAUUCGUGCAGUGAGGAGAGCUAUCCAUGAUGCAGGGAUCACGGUUCCUUUUUGGAUUGCUUGCGUCUUCCCUCGCGAGGACGAUCUUUUGCCGGAUGGAAGCUCGAUUGAACAGGUUGUCCGUGCUGCUGUUUCCCCUAUUGACGGUGCACGCGUGCCGUGGGGAAUCGGAAUCAACUGCACUAAACUUCAUAAGCUCUCGGGAUUGAUUGAGAGUUUUGGAGAGGGUGUUUCUGCGGCAGUUUCUGCUGGCGAUAUCCCCACUGCGCCGAGCUUUGUUUUGUAUCCUGAUGGAACGAACGGAGAGGUCUACAACACAACGACACAAGUUUGGGAGAAGCCCGCUGGCUACAAUGCAAAUGGGGAUAGAGACACGCGCUCUUGGGAAGUCCAGCUAGCUCAAGUCGUGAAGGAUGCAAGCACAAAGGGCCCCUUCAAAGAAUUCCUUGUGGGUGGCUGCUGUAAAGCUUCUCACCAGGACAUUAAGAAGCUUCACGAGCAGUUUUCAAACUGAGUGGCCUGUACAAUCUGAUGAAGCGGAUUCCAGGGUAUGGAAGCAAUGAAAUUAAAAUGUGUACAUUCGAAAAAUCGCGUUCUAGAAGAUAUGCAAAAUGCACGAUACUAUAUUAUAUACAUAAUCCAGGUGAUUUACACAAGCCAGUCGACGAACCGCCCCCAGGCGGUGUUACGCGGGUUCCGGUGAGGCAUGAUCUCUCCAUCUUGGAGACGGCCUGACCAAAGAUCGAUGGUGGCAGCGCGUUGAUACUAUAGAAGACAGAGUCAGCCAAGGUUUCGAAAAUGGGAAUCUUUAUGCAAAAACGAACCUUGGUGCGGUGCCACAGCUUCCAGGCAAUGAUUGGCACAAUGAAGAUAGGAAUGCCAACGUACGACGCAACAAAGUCAGACGUGUUCCAAUUACCCUUUAAGAAGACAGGGAAGCCAGCAACCAGGGUGAUGAUGGUAGAACCAAUGAAGCCAACCCAGGCGGCAUAUGGCUGAAGGGGUCCCUUCCAAGGGAGCGAGUCACGAGAAACACCCUGUGCCUUCAUAGCAGCAUGGAAGCGAAUGUAGCAGAACGAGAGAGUAGCCCAGGCGAUCAAACCGGCAACGGUGCUAAGGUUGAGGAGCCAGGUAAAGGCCUGCGCGGGGCCAC